GAAAACGGUAGAAAACAAAAGAUCAUCCCUUUGUCAUGAAACUGAAAUAUGUCAAAAUUUUUGUGAAUUUUUAAUGUCCAACACAUUUUCCAACACAAAAUUGAAAAUGGCGAAACAACAAGAAUUUUGGGAAACUCUCAAAUUAAAGUAUGAAGAAAAAAAUCGCACUCUUCAACAAAAAGAACAAGAAUUACGCCUCAAAUUAGAAGCAAUGGAUGCAAUAAUUUCCAAAAAUGAAAAACCCAAAGACACACUUUCGUUAAAAGAAGCCGAACACAUUUUUGGAGCUUGUACUUGUCCACCACCACAAGACAAAGGCGGAUUUUUCAAAUGUGUUUUUUCGAUUUUUGGCUCUUCUAAACCAAAAAACACCCCCCCAACCCCAUCACCAACCCCAACAAGCCAGUCAUCCCCUCGUGCUCCUCAAGAUGUCCCAACAAAGGAAAUCACAGGAUCACAAUGCAUCAGAAGUGAAAGGGUAACAGCAAGAACUGUCAUUGACCAAAGUAGAAAUGAAAAUUGUAUGUGCAAUCCUUGUCAACUAGACCAUCCUCCUGAAGGAAGCCCCAAAUACCCCAAAUCAGGUACCAAAGACUGCAAUUGUAGCAUUUGCAGCAGUAGUUUCUCGUCAAUGGUACCAACAGACCUGAAAAAUGAAGGCUGUAAUUGUGACAUUUCAAACGUCGAUGACUGUAUUUGCACACAAGAAGAACCAAAAGCUUCACCACCAAAUGGAGGUCUAAGUCUUGGUUCCCCAAGCAAAUUAUCCCUGAAAUCAAUGGAUCUUUUUUACAUUCAAAACAUUCAUGAUUUAGCCUCACAACAGAAGAAAUUGCUACAUGAUAUUAAAGAUUUAGAACAAAAAAAUAAAAUCUAUGAUGAUGUUUUCGACCAAUACAAGAACAUUGAUUUCUCCACGAAAGUACCUCAAGCUUCGGCUUGUUGCCCUUGCAACGACUCUUCUCCCUCCCAAUCUGAUCAAAAAACCAACGCUGAGUUAAAAUUAGAAAACUUCUUACUGAAAAACGAACUGAAAGAUAUGAGAUUGGAAGUUCGUCAGUACUUAGAACGAAUGGAAGGCCCCAUGCAAUUUAAAAUCGAAACUGAACGAUACAAAUGUUUCCAAUUGGAGCAAAAACUAGAAGAAGCCCAAAAAGAACAAGCCCAACUUCAAGAAUUCUACCAAAAAGAAAUCAACUCUCUUAAAAUGCAAUUAUGUACCGCAAACACCAACAUCUACAAUUUAACAACUACAAAUGAACAACUUGUUGAAACACUUCAAGCAUUCCAAAACAAAUGUGCAAAACUAGAAGAAGACUUAAUUCGGCAGAAAAUCAGCGAAGCUGAAACAAUUAAAAGUCUUCAAGAUGCUUUAAAUGCCCAAAUCAAUGCAAAUGUGCAAAAGGACGAAUGUGAUUUACAUCAAAUUGCGAGAGAAUUGAGCAAAAUUCUAAAAGAGUGUGAACCAUGUGGGGAAUGUCUUUCACUUCCGGAGGAUUUAACAGCUGCGGCGAAAUUACUCAAGAGUCUCACUGAUAUCAUUGAAAAUAAGAUUCCAAAAGAAGAGGAACAAACUAGACCAUUAACAAAUAAAGUUGGUACUGAAGCUGCAGAAGAACCAAUGAAAGGGGUUGAUCCGGUGGAAUUGCUAAUGACUCAAGCAGAAACUGGUGCUGUUCCGGUUGAAGAAGACGUUGCACCAGGUGAGCCAGAUGAAGGAAAAGUUGCACCAAGUGAGUCACAAAAUGAAGAAAAUAUUUCCCCACCAGUUAAACCCGAGUCAAGGAAGAGUAGUUUGGAAGAAAAAUCUCAAAAAAGUGUUGUAAUUACUGAACCUAUAGCAUUCGUAGCCGAAGAGGAGCCUCCUGACACUCCCAACCAACCAACAAAAUCAAAAACUUCUUGUAAAUGUGUCAAGUCGAAAAAAUCAUCAGAAGUUGAUCAAAUUUGGCCCAAAUCUGAAGGGCCUGUUGUAAUGAAAGACAGCAGUGUAAUGGAAACGGCAGUAGUACCAACUAAAAAGAAAUGUAAUUGUCAUGUAACUAAAAAAUCACCACAAGUUACACCAACUGCUAGUAAAAAAUCUUGUAAAUGUAACAAGAAAUCAUCAGGACAUGCUGGAGAACCUGCUGGUCAGACUGUCGCCGUGGCAGGUCCUGUAUGGCCAUCGACUUCAGAACGUUUCAAACUUGCACAUCAAGUGGUCGCUUCAAGAAGUAAAGAACUGUUGAAAUCUGAAACUUCAGUCAAAUGUUUGAAAGUGAAAGAGAACUUUCCUUUUGACAUUGAUACUCAAGUUGAUGUGUUGAAUAGACCUCCAGAUGGUGUUCAUGUCACUACAACUAUUACUAAUUCUGGUACUUUAGAAGUGAUUACUGAAGGACCAGAAGGUGUGAUUGAAACAACUCUAAUUUACACUAAUUCCGGAAAUGUGGAAGUGGUUACUGAAAUUCAGGAGUAUAAAGGAAAAGGGAAAACUUGUAACAGAAAUAGAAUCAAAACACCAGCUGUUGGAGGAGGAGGAGGAGGAGGAGCUUUGGCGAUUGAAGCUCCAGUUGAUGAAACUCCAGUUUCAAGUUCAGUCUCAGAACCGGGGAAACCCUCCACUGGUGAUACAACGACUAUUGAUGCGUCAAAAAGUGGCCCAAUUAUCAACCCCAACUGUCAAUGUAAACAAUGUCCAGUUUUGGAAUUAAUGGGGGCUAAAACGGGGGAAGAAGUAGUCAAAAAUGAAAUUCUUGAUCAGCAGAUAUCACAAACACCAAGAGUUGAAGAUGUUCCUGAAACGCCAACUGAAACAGCACCCGUAGUUGAAGAUGUUCCUGAAACUCCUGAAAAUAUUGUUGCGACAAUUGAAGCAACUCAGGUUGAGACUGAGGGUGCUGCUGAUGUGCCUGAUUCCCAGGUUGUGAAGAGUUUGUCUUUGUCUUUGCAUGUGGAAAAUGAGAGCAAUCUUGAAAAGAUAACACCAAAUGAAGAACCCAACGAAUCUUAAUAAAAUUAGAGUGUUCAUAGUUUGUUGUAUUAAAUAAUGAAUGUUUUUUCAAUACAAUUUCUAUUUAUUUA